UAAAGAAUAAAGCAAAUAAAAAUCAAUUCUAAUUACUGUAGUUAUACAGAUUGUGAUUUGUCAAGUAAACAGUAUCAGAAUCAUCCUAAAAUAUAUAUUCUAUGUGACCUCCAGUUUCUAAUAUAAAGUCUAUAAAGGAACAAGAAAAAACUUUUAAAUAAAAAUUCAACUAAAUAAUCAUUGAUUAAAGCUGUUACAAAAAAUGUUUGGGUGGUAAAAAAUCGAAAAAUAAAAUGAAUACCAAUCUCGAAGGAAUCAAGCACUGAUUAUUACCUCAAUCAAUAUUCCCUGGGCCUCACCAAGUGCUUCGUACAUCGGAAGUCUCGUAACACUGGCGACUCCAGGUAGCCAUUUAGCGCUAAAUAUCUUUGGCAAUCACCGGUCCUAUUACGGUCCUGUUACGUUUUCACUAUUUCUCCCACGAGUGCCUACAUUGAGACAUUAGAAUAUCCUCCAGUUCUUUCGCAUGUACGUGCCACAUUCUGCAAAAAAAAAGCUACAUACUCGACUUGAAGAACUCGUUCAUGUUGACAUCAACACAUACACAACAAUCUAGUAUGCCUAGUGGGGGGUUUUAUUUUUUUUUCACGUACACGUGCGAUUCCUCUUGCAUCGUGUUUGUAUCAUACACGACCCUAAUGCGCGUUCUGCCGGUGAACGGCGUGUGGGAAUGUUUGGAUACAUACGGUCAGUCACUCGUAGACGUUUCACCCAGAGGAUCACUUGGCUCAUUGUUCAUGUGCUCCUUGGACCGGAGGAACCAACUCAGCCUCUCGCCCCUCGCGGUGCCACAUUUUUUUCAAAUCCCUCCAAUCAUUCUAAUCCACCAGAAUAGUGAACUGAAAAUGUGUCCUCACCAUGUCAGAUUAUUGUGAAUUAUUUGAAUUUGUGUAAAACGAGCAAAAUGCAUCUACGGAAAUAUGAUACGUCUGCUGGUGAUGAUUCUGUUGAUGAUUCUGGUGAUUGCACAGAGGGUGACCAGCGAUGGAAGCAGGGUGAGAGGGCUUGUAAAAUCAUGGGCACCAUUAGUCUGGCUAGCACCUGGGGAAAGAUUCAUGCCCCUUGGAGUUCCCGAGUUCCUCGAGCACGUGCAGGCCGGUGACAAUUACCUCCGCACGCGUACUGAUGUUGCGACAUUGCUGAGGAAUGAAUCGUCGUUUCUGUAUGGCAAGCAGCCCGCUGGCAAGGUUCCAAUCUACGCACUAGUGAAGAAUUGUGGCGAAACAGACGCAUCAUCCAACUCCAUCGAGCGAACAAAACGAAGACGAGAGAUCUUGUCGGCAGAGCUCUAUCAAUCACUGCAGACCAAUGAGUUGCCAUCGAGCAUUAAGAAAACCAUCAGUAAAAUGACAACAGCAAUGCCAGAGCCGAAUAAUGACGAUGGAAAACUCAUUAAUGAUGAUAGCAGAUUGAGGAAGAAGCGAGUGCACUUUCACGUGACCUAUUGGAUGUUUUAUCCUUUCAGCGAGGGAAAGGCCGUUUGCGUUCUGGAUCUUGGAUUUUUAGGUACGUGGCCUAUUCCAACAGUAGGAGGAGUCUGCCUGGGCAGACUCAAGGAGUAUGGCAGUCACGUGGGUGAUUGGGAACACAUGAGUCUCUACUUCAAGGGAGAUGAUCAUCCAGUCGCUAUGUACGUGUCAGCUCAUGAUGCUGGUGCAUUUUACCGGUACGACCUGAGGACUGGAACUUUCGUUUACGAGAGCCAAGAGACGCGCAAGGGGAUUUUCCAAAAGCCCAUCUUCCCAGAGCACGUCUUCACCUCCGCUGGAUCUCAUCCCGUGUUGUUCAGCGCUAAGGGCUCCCAUGGGCUGUGGACAGCACCGGGAAAACAUAAAUUCGUCAGAUUACCGAGAUUGUACGACGAGAGUGGCUUCGGGAUUGCUUGGCCCACGUGGAAGAAGCUGGAGAUGCUCCCCGAUGACGAGGUGGGUGGCACUCCUGCCUGGAUGAGCUUCAGGGGAAAGUGGGGCAAUCCUAGGAGCAAUUGCCACCCUCUCGUUAGGCUUGGGUUCAAUAUUUGUGCGUUUGUCGAUGGACCCACUGGUAUACCUACCAAAAAAGGACGAUUCCAGUGUUGACGAGAAUUCUGGAGAAUUUUUGGAAUUCUCUUGGGAACUUUAACUCCUGUAUUGUUGACUCGUUUUAUUAUCCUUUAUUAUUUGUUAUGGUUAGUCAUGUUUUUUUAGUGAUGAGUAAUAAAUUAGAGGAUAUAUUUUG